UAUAAAUUAUUUGUAAUUUGUAGGAUAAUUAUUGAGAUAUUUAGUUUAAUUUUGUUAAAAACGACCGCUAGGGUGCGCAUAAACUGUUUAACAACAGAAAAAUGUAAAAUAACGUCAAAUUUACAAAAUUUAUAAACUCCACCAAAUAAAUUCAAUAUGGCUCCACCUUUUGUUUUGGAACCUUACAUACCGCCAUUUAAAAAACGCAUAGGUCAUACAAUUCACACGAAAAACUCUUACGAUACAAGAGUAAAAAUGGAGAAUUGGCAAUACAAAGUCGAACCAGAAGCAACCAAACGAAAAGAAUGCAUACGCGAUGAUUACAUAACAUCUUAUAAAACAAUGACGGAUCAAUUAUGUGAAAAGAAUACCUAUGACGAUAAUAUACAACACAAGCCCAUUUUCAAUUAUUUUGGCUACAAAGACGAAAAAAUAACCGCUGAAAACUUCCAUUCACGUCGAGAUUUCCCAACAAUCAUGAAAAACGACCACAAUAUGAUCCCGCAGUUUAUCACAACCAUGCAAUCAAGUUAUUCAUCGCCAUUGGGAAUGGUUAUGCAGAGAUUGAGAUCACCUGAAGAAAGAUUCAUGUUGUACAGACGCAUGAAAAGCAUAGAAAACUCCAGAAUCAACACAAAGUUCCGUGAUGAUCGCAUUGACGAAGUGAAUAAAAUCCUGCGCUGCGCUAAACAAGGAAAAAUCGGAAUAUCAUACAAUCCGAUGACUGGAAUGAACACAGAUGGUUCCAUUCCGAAAACAAUGACUUUCAUGGAGAAUAAUCACGCAAUGCGACAGAAACAAAACUAAUAUCUAUGAGAAUGACCCAACAAUUGUCUAGAAAUACAAAUGUUUCGUAUAAUUAAAGUCAUCAGAAUUAAAGCCAUAAAUACAAUUAUAAUAAACGAUAGAAA